AUGUCGGUCGCCUCAAAGAACCUUUUCGCCCUCCUCGGCAAUGACGAGGAGGAGCCUCCUUCGGGACCCGUGAAGACUGUCGACAAGACCACCAUGCGCACUGGCAAGCGUGGUGCUGAGCCCGAGGCCCCCGCCAAGCCCGCCAACGCCAACGCCGGUGGUGCUCGCCGUGGCCCUGGUGGCAAUGAGGGAGCUUUCCGCGACCGCAAUGCCGGCUCCGGUGCCAACCAGCGCCGGCCAACUGACGAGGCCACCCGCGGCGGUGCCCGUGGCGGCCGUGGUGCUCGUGACCGUGGUGGCCCUGGCAGCCGCCACCCUCGCAACCGUGAUGACAGGCACUCUAAGAGCCAGCCUUCCGGCGGUACCGACAAGCAGGCUGCUCAGUCUUGGGGCGCCAACGAGGGCGAUGCCGAGCAGAAGGAUGAGCAGGCCGGCGAGGAGAUCGCCCAGAAGGAGUUCAAGGAGGCUGCUGCCGAGGACGCCGAUGGCGCCGAGACCCCCGGCGAGCCCGAGUCCAAGAGCGUCUCGUACACCGAGUACCUUGCCCAGCUGGCCGAGAAGAAGCUCAGCCUCGGCGACGGCCUUGAGAUCCGCAAGGCCAACGAGGGCAGCAAGGCUGACAAGAAGUGGGCCAACGCCAAGCCGAUCGAGAAGGACGACGGCGAGGACUUCAUCGCCGCUUCCAGUGGCAAGGCCAAGCGUGAGCGUGAGCGCAAGGCCAAGAACGUCCUGGACAUUGACCAGGCCUGGGUUGAGCCCGAGCGCUCUACUACUGGUGCUCCCCGUGGCGGCCGUGGUGGCGCCCGCGGCGAUGGCGGUCGUGGCCGCGGCGAGGGUGCCCGUGGUGGCCGUGGUCGUGGCGAGGGCCGUGGCCGUGGUGGCAACCGUGGCGGUGACUUCCCCCGUGGUGGUGCCCGCGGCGGCCGUGACAACGCCGGUUUCAAUGCCAACGACCAGUCUGCUUUCCCCAGCCUCGGCGCGUAA